CUGGCGGGAAAACAUGUCGAGGAUGUCACAUUGAGAGAAUUUUAAUUGUUGUUGCUGUGAAUUAUCAUGUACGGUCAAGUCUGUCUCCUCUAGCUUUUGCCUGCGCUAUUUCACGACUCUGUUUACUCUGUUUGUCCCAACCGGUAAGGAGAGCAGUCGUCCCCGUUAGUCCGGAUGGUGCAAAUAAUCAUCAGAGGCAGUGCGGAUGGCAGCGGCCCUCCUGAGUGGCUGCUGGUGGAGCUGCAGGGAGAGAUGGUGUCCAGGCACAACUCUGGGCUGGCAGGAAAUACCAUGGGAGACUUGCUCUAUACCAAAGAGGGGGUGCCGGUGCUGAUCGUAGGGCACCACAUUCUGUACGGGAAGCAGGUCAAACUGGAGAAACCCUUCGCUGUCCUCACCAAGCAUCCCGGCCAUGUGCAUGGCACCGGCGGAGACGACGGCCAGGUUCCCAUGGAAACAGACCAGCAGGGACCCGCCUCCACCUCGUACUCCGUGUCUGCCCUCAUCAAGAGGAAGCUCAUCUUCAAGACGCGCCCCAAACCCAUCAUCACAAACGUACCCAAGAAGGUGUAGAGAGCGGUGUGGAUGAAGACGCACAUGAGGGUCAGACUGAUACAUUGUUUUACUGAUGCACUGGCUCCAUGUUGGUCUUUGUAAGUAAUUUGGGUACCAACUAGUCAGCGACGACCACCUGAGGUGAUGCAGUUUGACUACAUAUUUAAAGGACUGGGUGAUAUAUUGAUAUCAUGUUGAUAUCAUAAUAUGAGAGUAGACAGAUAAGUGUUGUCAUUUCUUGGUUUUAAUGGCUGCAUUACAGUGAAGCAGUGCAGUUUUCUGGACUCAUUUAGACCAUUCUAGCUGUUUUGUUGUUUGCUUCUACCUGUUUGGUGUUCAUCCACAGUACUAAUGAUUGUCAAUCAAAAAUCUCUCCGGCAACAGUCGUCUUUACAAUAUAGCUAUUGUGGUAUUCAGGCAAAGUUAUUAUGAUUUUAUCUUCUCCAUGUUGCUCAGCGCUGCAUAUUUAUUGUAGGACUAAUCAGUACUUCACUGGUCAUAACCUGAAUUGAUUCUAAUGCAUCAUAUGAUGGGUUUCCACACAGACUGUACGGCGCUCAUGCAGCACUGUUUGCAUGCCUUUUUCAGUUUGGAAGAUGGAUUUGUGCGGUGCACUGCCUGCUGUCAACCACCAGAUGGCACCAGAUUGUCUUUCUGCAGGAAUACAGAGACUCGCUCCAAAUAACAGACCACUUUCACAGCACCAUUUCGACAUGAAAUAGCAGGUAAACAGGUGUCACAGAUGACAUUUAAUUAAGAGUCUUUUCCAUUUAGUGUAGUAAAAUCUUUCAGGUGAGCCAGCAGGAAAAAUGUCUGGUUCUGGCUCUGUUAGCCCGACAUGGAACAGAACCUUCAUGAAUAUCAUCAGUAACACCUGAGUUUACCUGCUAUUUCAUGUUAAAGUGGCUGCUGGGGAAAAGGACUGUUUUGAAUAAAUAAGAUAAGAUAUUAAUAAUAAGAUAAGAUGAUUUGCUAAACUGUGUAUUGACACUGUAAUCGUCACUGUGUCUUUCACCUGAAAUGUGACCGGACUUUUCACUCAGUGACAUUUGGCUAAUAUUUCUGAAGCACAGAUGAUUAGUGACAUAUUCAUCUGUUUCCCAGAAUGCCUUCUAACAACUGUUUAUUCAGCUGUAGGUUGUAGAUGUGAAUGAAGUCAGUCUGAUAAUGGAUAUUCAGUAGCUUCUUGUUUUUCCAUUGUCAGUAAACUGAAGGGCAAACAAGUCAAAGCACACUACUGGACAUUUACAACCCAGUUUUUUCACUGGGAUUAUUGAAAGUAGCAGUUGUAAGUUUUUUCUCUUAUAGUAAUCACAAAUAAUAAAGUUUACCACACACACUCGAAUACAAUGAAAAAUAAAUUCAUAAUUUUUUCUUAUUUGCUUUAAAAAAAAAAACAAGUGCUUAUGAUUGAUUUCUGCCUGUGGGAUCGAUGAACACCGGUGCCAAAUGUCGAGGUCAGAAAGAAUCUGUUGCCCUUUGAUUCUGACUGACUGACAGCAAAACCUUAUUUUUAUUCUUGUUUCAGACCAAUGAAACAUUUUCUGCUGUCAAACUUAUGUGGCUUCUGGAAAUUUCUGAAUGUGACACCACAUCUGCAUUUGGCCAAAUAUCCAGAGUAAUAAGAAAAAUACACCAGACAACAAAAUGUCACCAGCCAGCUGUUCUUCACCAGUUAGUUUGGUAUUUUUGGGUGGACUUUUCCUUUUCACUAUGACUGUUCAACAGUGUGUGUGGUAAUUUUACAAAUGUGCCUACAGUUCUGACACAGAGCUUUUCAUGUUUUGAAAGUGGCAGGGAAAGGUGAGCACAACAGUGUAUUAAGAAUGGGACAUUAUCUUUAUUCCGAUAGAAACAACAUACAGGUCUUCAACGGCUGUGAGUUUGGAAAAUAAAGUUUACAUACAAAACCAUUUUCCCAAGAACAGCUUAUUUAACAUUAUGUACAUAAAUAAUGUAAUGUGUCAUUCUUAGUUGCCUUAUUCUGUUGCUCGGUUUAUUUUAUUGUAUUUUAUUUAUGCGUUUCACAACUGGCUGAACUGCAAUUACAAAUCAAUAACAGCCGUUUCCAAGGUUCCUACACAGGUCUGGAAUAGCACGGAAAAAUGAGCUGUACUUUCAGGGUCGUGAAAAGUUUUGAAAUUGAGCAAAAAGUCUGCAAAAGCUGGUAAAAAUAUCAUUCAGGUUCAGUACAAUCCUAGCUACAUAUUUUACAGAGUCGCCG